AUUCCUUCGCUCUUAUCCAAAAAUUGCUCGAAUUUCUUUCUCUUUGAACACGAAGAAGAGUUCGUUACAAGUCUCUCAGAUUCUCCGGCAACUCUCCGGUCCUCCUCCGCCUCCGUCGCCGUUGAUCUUCACCAUUUCACCUCGAUCUCCUUCAGCAGCGCUUAGUCAUGUCGGUAACAACCAUCAAGGUCAGCAAUCUUUCGUUGGGUGCAAGUGAGAGAGACAUAAAGGAGUUCUUUUCUUUUUCUGGUGAUAUUGCUUAUGUUGAAAUGAUGAGUGAUACUGAGCGGUCCCAAAUUGCAUAUGUUACCUUCAAGGAUGUACAAGGAGCUGAGACUGCAGUUCUCCUUUCGGGAGCUACAAUAGUGGAUAUGUCUGUCAGCAUAACUCUGGCUUCAGAUUAUGAGUUGCCACCUGAUGCUAUAACACCAAAUGUAACAGAGAAUAAAACUCCUGGUGGGGGUGAAUCUGCAUUCCGCAAGGCAGAGGAUGUUGUUAGUGGCAUGCUUGCUAAGGGCUUUCUCUUAGGCAAAGAUGCAGUCAACAAGGCAAAGGGCUUUGAUGAGAAACACCAGUUGACCUCAACGGCUUCAGAAAAAGUUGCGUCUUUUGACCAAAAGAUUGGUUUCAGCGAGAAAAUAAGUGCUGGUACUUCUGCGGUCAGUGGCAAAGUUCGUGAAGUGGAUCAGAAAUUUCAGGUCUCAGAGAAAACCAAAUCAGCUUUUGCAGCUGCUGAGCAGACAGUCAGUAGCGCUGGAUCUGCUAUAAUGAAGAACCGGUAUGUGUUUACCAGCGCUGCAUGGGUUACAGGUGCUUUUAAUAAGGUUGCAAAAGCAGCUGAAGAGGUUGGUCAGAAAACACAAGAGAAAGUUGGAAUGGUUGAAGAAGAGAAACAUAGAAAAAUAGAGGACGACUAUGCUCAAGUUCUAUCGGAUUCUCCUAAAGCUUCUGCAGCAACCCAGCACGAUCCCUCCAAGCCUGAACCUGUUAAAGGUUUGAUCCUUUGAGUUUCGAGUUCUGUAAAUACAGUUGGAACUGUUGGAUGCCCUUCUCAUUUGAUUUCUUGCUUUGUUCUAGCAUGAGAUUGUGACUUUGUGAGAAGUAGUGCCCCACCACCAUGAUACCAUUUAUUUUUUUUGUUUUUUUUUUUUUGCCCUUUUAGGUAUUUUGCGGCCGAGAUAUUUUUACUGCUACACACACUAUCUAUUAUACUAUUAUUUUGUAUUAUCUCUCUAA